CCCUCCUUGCUCUGCCCCUCUCCCCUCUGCUCUCUCAGUCUCGCCGACGCCGAGGAAAUACACAUACAUACUACUCUCUCAGUCGUCGACUGUCGCCCCUUCCCUGCUCUCUUAGUCUUGCCGACGCCGGCAGAAACACACACACAUAUUGCCCCGCUCCUCUCUGCUCUCUGAGUCUCGCAAAUCGCAGACUCGCAGUCGCAACCAUCCACUGCCUUCCUUCUGCUUCGUGAUGGAGCAUAGGAUGGGAGAGGCAAGUAAAGAUGAUGUUUUCGCAUCGGUUCACUCCACUGUAUUCAAAGAAUCAGAAAGCCUGGAAGGAAAAUCCGUCAAAAUCGAGGGCUACGACUUUAAUCAAGGUGUGAAUUAUCCACAGCUUCUUAAGUCCUUUGUCACCACUGGGUUUCAGGCUUCCAACCUUGGAGAUGCUAUACAAGUCAUUAAUCAGAUGCUAGAUUGGAGUCUGGCUGAUGAGGCCAUAACGGAGGAUUGCAAUGAGGAGGAAAAGGACUUGUCCUACAGAAAAUCUGUUAGAUGUAAAGUUUUUCUGGGCUUUACUUCUAACCUUAUCUCGUCUGGUGUCAGAGAUACAGUUCGGUACCUUGUUCAGCAUCAGAUGGUUGAUGUAAUUGUUACAACAACAGGUGGCAUAGAGGAAGAUCUUAUAAAGUGCCUUGCACCAACUUAUAAAGGAGAUUUUUCUCUACCAGGAGCCUAUCUUCGCUCUAAAGGAUUAAACCGUAUUGGUAACUUGUUGGUCCCUAAUGACAACUAUUGCAAAUUUGAGGAUUGGAUCAUUCCAAUUUUUGAUCAAAUGUUGAGGGAACAAAAUGAGGAGCAUGUAACAUGGACACCAUCGAAGUUGAUUGCUCGCUUGGGAAAAGAAAUAAACAAUGAGAGCUCCUAUCUUUACUGGGCAUAUGUGAACAAUAUUCCAGUUUUCUGUCCAGGCUUAACAGAUGGCUCAUUGGGGGACAUGCUGUACUUCCAUUCCUUUCGAAGCCCUGGCCUGAUUGUGGACGUUGUGCAAGAUAUUAGGGCCAUGAAUGGUGAAGCUGUGCAUGCAAGUCCAAGGAAGACAGGCAUGAUUAUUCUUGGAGGGGGGCUUCCCAAGCAUCACAUUUGCAAUGCCAAUAUGAUGCGCAAUGGUGCAGAUUAUGCAGUUUUCAUAAAUACUGCGCAGGAAUUCGAUGGGAGUGACUCCGGGGCCAGACCAGAUGAGGCUGUUUCAUGGGGAAAAAUCCGGGGAUCUGCCAAGACAGUCAAGGUACAUUGUGAUGCAACUAUUGCAUUCCCUCUUAUCGUUGCUGAAACAUUUGCCACAAGAGGGAAACCUCGCUGAAGUACAUCCAGAUCUGAACAUGUCCUUAUCCCCUCAUGCCUCAACACACAUCUUUCUUGCUUGUUCAAAAUAUAAAAUAUCACGCACACACUUAGUCAACAAGGGGGAAGCCUGAUCUGAUUUUCUUCUCUGAUAUGAACCUCUAUUCCCUAUCGUCAGUUGAUGUUGCCGUACAGAGAAAUCACUGGAGAUGGGGUUUUGACCUCUUACCCGCUGAGAUCAGAUAGCUUCUUAUUUAUUUAUUUUUAUGCAAGUCUCCUCUCUCUCUCUCUCUCUCUCUCUAAAGAAACACAUUAAUAGGACAUUAACCUUUGCCCUUAUUGAGGAUUGGCUCAUUCUCUGGGAGCAGUGGUUCAAAGUUGGCUUUGUCACCUGCAGAGGAAAGUUUGAAACGUUGCUAGCUGGAUCUUGUUUAUCCCUAUGUUUUGGUUCUUCCCAAUUGUUUCCUAGUUUGUCUUUUUUAGUUUUUCAAGCUCUAGCAGUUGCUGUCAACAGCCUCUGGAGUUUUGUUUGCUGAGUUAAAUUUCUUGAUGUGCCAAGAGAGAGGGAUAUAGGGCGAUCUUGAUCGAUUUGUUGGCCAGUGGGACAACCCUUAACCACUUGAAAGCAGAUAGAGAGAAGACCAUGUAAACUAAAUCGGGUGCGACAAUAGGAAAUAUUGUUGGUACUCUUAUUAAAUGGCUUCUAUAUAAAGUCAGAGAUUUUAUCAU